ACAAAGCUGUCUAAAAACCUCUUUAUUCACCACAAGAGGGCAGCAUGUGCUGGAAAACGUUCCUUGCCUUACAAUUCUCAAGAUAGCAGCGACUGUGGUGUCUAAACCACAGAGUCAACAUUCAUUACCAAUGAGACUGGGUGAGGGGCCUCGGGAAGGGGAGUAAGAGGGAGGAGAGAUGGACAAGACGGGAAGGAGAGAGGAAGAAAAGGAGAGGGAAUAAUAGAGCUGAAGCAUAUAGCAACUGUAAAAGUUCUCCUGACUCAACGGACAAUGAUGAGAGAGGUCAUGGAAAUGACUGGUGCUGUCUGAGCUGCCAUAUUCCUGAACCAGUGUAAACUCUGUAUCAGGAUGUAGGCCUGGCAUGGAUGCAAAAAUGCUGCUGUCCUGUUUACGGCAUAUCUUGUGCAUCCUCGUACCUUUAUACUUUGUGGAAACUCAGCAUCCCCUCCAACCCAACAUCACGCUAGUGUUCGACAGCUCAGACCAUGCCGACCGCUUAUGCAACUGCAGCUGUGCGACGGCAGUGCGCAGUUGUGAUGAAGCUCUUGCCAACCUGAUGUGCAGCUGUGGCACCGUGUGGCGUUCAGCUCUGUCGCCUGGCUCCAUGGAGGCAGAGACUCUGACGGUGUGGGCGUGGCAACCAUGGCUGCUGAGGGAGCUGCUGAACGGCAGCAGGGUUCCAGAGCUGCAGCUGUCUCUGUGUAGCCCUGCCUCAUUUCACGAACAGUCUCGAUAUCUCACUAUUGUGGGCCUGAGGAAGCUUCAGAUCUCCAAUAAUGGUGUGGCGCAUCACAAUGGCGAAAGAGUCCUGAACUUCGGGUUGGACGUGCAGGAUGGGAAUCUCAGUGUUGCUUUUUUAGACUUGUGGUCAUUGAAUAAUCACUUGAAGGCCUACAGUGUCAUUGGACCACCACUGCAGAUGCUCAUGCAGCAUUUUCCUUACCUUCAGCAUGCCAAUAUUAAGAUCACUGACCUUGAACAGAUCCACAAGCCAUCCAUCCUAACUUUUAUUUACUAAAUUGACUAUUGUGCUAAACAGAGCCUCUAGAGCCUAUUUUUUCUACACUGGACUAACACUAUAAUCAUACCUGUCCAACCUUGCCCUAAUUAUUAGUCUCUACAAACCUAUAAGUACAUUGUGAGUAUUCUUUCCCCUGCAGUGCAUUAUGGGAUUUCAUGAGUUCACUGGAUAUUUUUUUACUUAUUUCCACAGGCAUGGCUACUAAACAGAAAUCCCCUAAUGCUGUGCAUCUCUUAGUAAUCAGUGCACAGUGUAAGACAUGUAAGACUUUCCUCCACUUUUCUACCAAAACCGCAAGGGAUCGAGAGAAAAGUAUCACUUCCUUUUUCUUUUGAAACCAUACAGUAAAUUCAGAUAAACAUCAGUUAUAUUACAGUUAUAUGCACUUACAUUGCAUCAGUUAAUUUAGCAUAUUUUGCCAUUAAGACUUAAUCUAGGUUCUUUUUUUUUCAGUUCCAAAUAAUGAUGGAGCUAUAACCAGAACUGUUCUGCCUUUUCCUCCAUUUGAACCAGAUAUAUAAAGUCCAAGUGUAAGAAACUGAAUAUAUAAGAAUACUUGUACAGUCUUUAUUCCUUUGUGGUAUAUAGAUUUUCAUACUAGCCUUGUUUAACUAUUUUGUAAAAAUAUUAAUUGCACCUUAGCAUUUUAAAAUUGUUCCGCUGUUACUACUAGAACUACAAGCACUUAAUUAAAUCAAUGGAAAAAAUGUAUAUGAUGGUAUUUGAAUGAAAAUAUUAAAACUAGCUAUCAAAGUCUAGAAAUUUUAGAAUCAGGUAACAUAGCAAAUUUUUGCUUAGUGUAUAUAGAGAUGUCUGAUGUACAAAAUUGCCACAGUAAUUCAAUGUUAUUAUUAUUAUUAGAAGUAGUAGUAGUAUUUUUUAUUAUUCAUCUAUUAUAGUGAGAAAAUAUUCUGUAAAUAUUUGAUACAUAUGUCUAGAACUAACAGACUUGAAUA